UCCAAAUGCCCUCUCUAUAUUAUUAAAUUCAAUCCUUCUCAAAGAUUCUGGAUUCUGAAAAUCACACCGCAAAAUCUUGCGGGAACAGCUGGUUUUAUGGGAAGAACAGAAACUAGAGUAGUACUUGAUUUGAAGUUUCACAUCCCUUUUCUUCCAUGUGGGGUCCUCUCUUUCCCUUCUGCAUAUGACAGCCUAAUCAACAGCCUGGAAAAGUGUGUUUGCAGCCACACUAAAAACCUCAACUUGAUGAGUUUUCAGUAGUAUUGCUAUUCAAGCUUCAUUUGUGUAAUCUGAAAAUCUGGGUCUUGGUCUUUCUUUAAUGUUCCAAAUCCAAACCUUGUUCACUUUGAUACCAGGUUGUUCACAUUAAGGUUUUGUGUGACUUCUCCACCACCUGUUUGAGAUUGGGAUUUGCAGUUUUGGUGUCUUCUUGGAUCCGGAUUUUGAGAUUGUAGUCAAGUGGAUUCCAUUUUGGUGAUUUGGGAGUACUUAAACCUGUUUAUGGACUUGUGAAGAUUCAGGGGAAGCUAAAAUGGAGCUCAUAAAAUGGGUUCUUUAUUCUUUGGUUAUUUUUCUGGUUCUGGUUAAUGGGUCAUUUGCAUUGUACACUCCUCCUGAGAGUUAUCUAAUUGCUUGUGGUUCUUCCCAAAACAUCACCUUCCAAGGUCACACUUAUAUUCCUGAUUCACAGCAUUCUUCAUUUGUGUUGAAAACUGGGAACUCUGUUGUUGCUAGUUCCAAUUCUAGUUCUAAUGCCCCUUUUCCAUUUUACCAAUCAGCUCGGGUUUUCACCGAGAAAGCUUCUUACCGAUUUGAAAUUCGGAAAGAAGGUAGGCACUGGGUAAGGCUAUAUUUUUCCCCUCUUCCCAAAUCCAGCCAUGAUUUGACUUCUGCUUCAUUAACAGUGGUUACUGAUGAUUUUGUUCUCUUGAGCAACUUCAGCUUUAAGAAGCACAAGGGUUCUUUUAUGUUCAAGGAGUAUGCAAUCAAUGUUACUUCGGAUAUAUUGGUUAUGACCUUCAUUCCUUCAAAUGGUUCAGUUGCCUUUGUCAAUGCAAUUGAAGUUGUGUCGAUGCCAAAUGAGUUGUUUGCUGAUCAGGCAUUGGCUGUUGACCCGAUAGCACCGUUUUCUGGACUUUCUGAACUUGCCUUUGAAACCGUUUAUCGGGUGAACAUGGGGGGUCCUUUGAUCACUGCUCAAAAUGACACCCUGGGUAGGACUUGGGUGAAUGAUCUGAAAUACCUCCAUAUGAACAGCUCUGUGUUCAAUGUGUCUGUCAACCCUUCGACCAUCAAGUAUCCGGAAGGUGUUACGCCUGAGACAGCCCCGAAUUUGGUCUAUGCCACUGCUGAUACAAUGGGGGAUGCAAAUGUGAAUGACCAAAAUUUCAACAUUACUUGGGUCUUCCCUGUGGAUCCAAAUUUCUCUUAUUUUGUCCGGGUGCACCUUUGUGAUAUUAUGAGCAAGUCACUCAACACUUUAGUGUUUAAUUUGUACAUAAAUUCUGACACAGCUCUUGUAAGUUUUGAUCUCUCAUCCAUAACUAAUGACUUGUCUGUGGCUUACUUCAAGGACUUCGUUUCCAAUGUCUCAGCAGAUUCUAGCACUUUGACUGUAAGUGUUGGUCCUGAUUCAAUGGCUGAUCUCACAAAUGCCACUAUGAAUGGAUUGGAGAUAAUGAAGAUCAGCAACGCAUUAAAGAGCUUGGAUGGGCUUUCUUCGGUUGACAUUCUUCUUCCUAGUUCUAGUUCAAAGAAGAACAUUGUAGGGAUAAUAGUUGGUUCUGUUGUUGGGGCUCUAGCUGCUGUAGCAUUGGUUGGCUUGUGUUGUUGCUGCUUGGUGGGGCGCAAGUCGAAGUCAUCUCCUCAACAGGGCGGCCAUUCAUGGCUGCCUUUACCCCUGUAUGGAAACUCUCUGACCUUGACAAAGAUGUCAACAACAUCACAGAAGAGUGGAACUGCAAGCUGCAUUUCUUUAGCUUCAUCAAAUCUGGGACGAUUCUUCAGUUUCCAGGAAAUCCUAGACGCGUCAAACAAAUUUGAUGAGAAGCUGCUACUUGGUGUUGGUGGAUUUGGAAGGGUUUAUAAGGGAACACUUGAAGAUGGGACUAAUGUGGCUGUUAAAAGGGGUAACCCGAGAUCUGAGCAAGGUCUUGCAGAAUUCCGAACUGAAAUUGAAAUGUUAUCCAAGCUUCGCCACCGCCAUCUCGUGUCUCUCAUUGGUUAUUGUGAUGAGAGGUCAGAAAUGAUUCUUGUUUAUGAGUACAUGGCUAACGGACCCCUCCGGAGCCAUUUGUAUGGAUCAGACCUGCCACCUCUAUCGUGGAAGCAGCGGCUAGAAAUUUGCAUUGGAUCAGCAAGAGGCCUUCAUUAUCUCCACACCGGAGCAUCUCAGAGCAUAAUUCACCGAGACGUAAAGACAACAAAUAUCCUCUUGGAUGAGAAUUUUGUUGCGAAAGUUGCUGAUUUCGGCCUCUCCAAAGCUGGCCCUGCUCUUGAUCAGACCCAUGUGAGCACUGCUGUGAAAGGAAGUUUCGGUUAUCUUGAUCCUGAAUACUUCAGAAGGCAACAGCUCACUGAGAAAUCUGAUGUGUAUUCAUUUGGAGUAGUGUUAAUGGAAGUGUUAUGCACAAGACCAGCUUUGAACCCUGUACUUCCAAGGGAGCAGGUUAAUAUUGCUGAGUGGGCAAUGAGCUGGCAGAAAAAAGGGAUGCUUGAACAAAUCAUGGAUAAAAAUCUGGUAGGAAAGGUGAAUCCCGCUUCGCUUAAGAAAUUCGGGGAGACGGCCGAGAAGUGCUUGGCCGAGUACGGUGUGGACAGGCCGUCAAUGGGAGAUGUCUUGUGGAACCUUGAAUAUGCUCUGCAGCUUCAAGAGACCUCAUCAGCACUCAUGGAACCGGAAGAUAACAGCACGAACCACAUUACAGGAAUUCAGUUGACACCCCUUGAGCAUUUUGAUAACAGUGUGAGUAUGAUUGAAGGGGGAAACUCGUGCACGGAUGAGGAUCCAGAAGAUGUUGCCACAAGUGCAGUGUUCUCACAAUUAGUUAAUCCUCGCGGAAGAUGAGCUCUUUGUUGAUCCAUGAUGCUGGCCAAGGGCCAUGAAGCAUGGUGGGGUGGCUCUGGCGUUAGGACUUGAAAAGUCCUGAUUGGUGAAUGAAGGUUAUUUCUUAUUUAGUUACUGCUUUUAUAAUCCAUUUUUUUGCCCAUAAGCAAUUUAAUGUAAAAUACUUGAGUUAUAGUGAUGGGUACCAAUGAGCUGGUGCAAGGUGCCCUAAGAUUCUGUUGUACUAAACAUAAAGCAAUUUGGAGUUCAGCUCCCAAGUUGUUCUUACUUCUUAUAGCUUAGAAUAUAUGGAGGUCAUGUUCUUAAUUACAUAAAUGCGGCAAGUAGGAGAAUACACUUAUGAGUUGAAUGACUUUCUUUCUCAA